AAAAGUGUAUAGGUCAAUGAAAUGUGGUUCUUAAUAAUGUACAUAACAAACGUACGAGACAUAGAAAAGCCGUAGUUGUACUACAUAUUAUUCGUCUGUGCCCUUCAUAGAAACUUCCUUCAAAGUUGGUUUGCCAUUCUUUUAAGCGUUGACCCCACCUUCUCAAUUUUCUACUCUAUGUUUUUUUGUAAUAUCUCAAUCUUCUUUUUCUUAAACCAAUCAAAUUGAACUUAAAUAAAUAGUAUAAUACUAUAUCAGAUACAAAUGAUAACAUGUACAUGCACUAUACCUCUAAAUAAAAAGCAACAACGUCACCCAAAAAAUCCCUCUCACCUAAUUUGUGUUUCUCAUUUUGGUCAGAAUCUUCAAGAAACUAAAACAAAGAAAAUGGUUUCAAGCUGCAUAGACGAAAGUUCUUCUACUUCAGAAUCUUUCCCACCCGCAACCGCAAUCGCAACCGCCCCGAGCUUCUCUGCUCCUCCGCUUCCACCGUUACACCUCUACCAAAGCGGUGGAAACAACUUAGUGUUGGAUUCAAAGAAUGACGUAGAGAUGGAUUCACGGAAGCUGCCGUCAUCAAAAUACAAAGGCGUGGUUCCUCAGCCCAACGGAAGAUGGGGAGCUCAGAUAUACAUGAAGCACCAGAGAGUUUGGCUCGGCACUUUCAACGACGAAGAGGAAGCUGCUCACUCCUACGACAUAGCCGCUCGUAAAUUCCGUGGCCUCGACGCCGUACUCAACUUCAAGACCUUCCUCACAUCAGAGGAGGACGAUAACAACGAGUUAUCUUUUCUCGAAGCUCACUCCAAGUCCGAGAUCGUUGACAUGUUAAGGAAACACACUUACGCUGAGGAGCUUGCGCAGAGCAAUAAACGCAACGAAACAAAUAUUAAUACAACUCAAACCGACACCGUUUUGAAAACACGUGAAGUGCUAUUCGAGAAAGUUGUAACGCCUAGUGACGUUGGUAAGCUAAACCGUCUCGUGAUACCUAAACAACACGCGGAGAAACAUUUUCCCUUACCGUCAGUGUCGGUGACUAAAGGUGUUUUGAUCAACUUCGAAGACGUGACGGGUAAAGUGUGGAGGUUCCGUUACUCAUACUGGAACAGUAGUCAGAGUUAUGUUUUGACCAAGGGAUGGAGUCGGUUCGUUAAGGAGAAGUGUCUCCGAGCCGGUGACGUUGUUACUUUCGAGAGAUCGACUGAAUCAGACCAGCAACUAUAUAUUAGUUGGAAAAUCAGGUCUGGUCCGAGUAAAAACCGUGGUCAGGUUGUGGUUCGGCUUUUCGGAGUUGACAUAUUCAACGUGACGAGCAGGAAGCCGAGCAAUGUCGGAAAGAGAUCUCGGGAUGUUGAUGUGUUUGCGUUACGGUGUUCCAAGAAACACGCUAUAAUCAAUGCUUUGUGACAUUUCCUUUUUGGGUUUUAUAUUUUUUAUAUUUGUCAAGUUGUAGUAGGAUGUGAAUCUUAUUUAUGCCAAGUUAACAAAAGAGGUCAAGAGAGAGUUUUUUUUGUUUCUUCAACUAUAUUACUUACUGUUAUAUAUGUAUGUCAACCUCUUCUUGUUUGAUACUGGUUAUUAUUAACCUAAGGUUUUAUUGUAUUUUCUUCUCAACCUCAACGUUUCACUAAUCAACAAAAAAAAGCCAGCCUCCACAAAUUUCCACCUCUGCAGUUCUAGGAACAAAGAAAUUAAGUAGAAUACA